ACAAAGUCACAGAAGUUGGGAGCGCUCAGGGCCCAGUUUUCUCCGGCAGAAAACCGAGGCUUGGAGAUACGGAGUGGCCGCCCAGAGUCACUCACCCAGAGUGGCAGAGCUGGCCUGACCAACCGUCUGGGUCCGCCCCGGACCGAGGGAUGUGGGACUUUCAGUGCUAAAACGGAGACAGUCCCAGGCAGUCCGGAGGACGUGAGGGGCUGGGGCCGGAACCCGGGGAUCCUCACUUUAACAGUCCCUCUACCCCGCAGAUGGGUGACGAAAAGGUCCAGGGCGAAAAUCGAGAGCCCCCAGCCACCAGGCGGCCCCCACCGCGCGAACGAUUGCUCUGGAAGAGCCUUCCUUGCUCCCCCAAUCCCCAGUGCAGCGGCUCCCGGAGGCGGUCGGUGGGCGGGGCUCGGGGCCUUCCCCGCGCGAGGGGACUCCGGGGGGGCCGUGCGGGGCGGGGGGGCCCGCGGCGGCACAAAGAGGCCCGGCCGCGGCACUUUUGAAAAGAGCGAGGAAGUUGAUCUGGGCCGGGGCCCAAGGAGUGACGAGGAGGGAGGGAGGGCGGGCGCGCGGGGCCGGGGGCGGCCGCAGCCCUCGCCUCGCCGGCCUCCACGGGAAGCGCGGCGGCGGCAUGGGCGGCGGGGCGCGGCGCCCCCAGCCUGCGACCCCGCGGACCCUCCUCUCGGCGCGCCGCCUCCGCAGCCGGGGCUCCGGCGUGACUCCGGCACCGAGCCCCACUCCCGCGGGCGGCGCGUAGGGCGGCUAUCGAUACGUGCCCUCCCGGGACCCGUCGGCUUCAGCCCGGGUCGCACGGCCGCCGAGCCGCCUCCGGCGGGGCCCUCCCGAGGCCCCGGAGCGGGGACCAUGAAAGUGAGGUCGGCCGCUGGCGACGGAGAUGCGCUGUGUGUUACAGAAGAGGAGCUGGCAGCCGACGACGACGAGGACAUGCCGUCCUUCCCGUGCACACAGGAGGGCCGGCCGGGGCCCCGCUGCAGCCGCUGCCAGAAGAACCUGUCUUUGCACACGUCGGUGCGGAUCCUUUACCUCUUUCUGGCCUUCCUCCUUGUGUCUGUGGCCGUGCUGGCCUCUCUGGUUUUCAGGAAAGUGGACUCUCUCUCAGAAGACAUCUCCCUGGCCCAGGCCCUUUAUGACAAGAAGCUUGUGUCUAUGCAGGAAAAUCUCCAAGGGCUGGAGCUGAAAGCCCCGAACAACUGCUCUUUCUGCCAUGAGGCUGGGCAGCUGGGGCAAGAGAUCAGAAAGCUGCAGGCGGAGCUGGAGGGAAUUCAGAAGAUGCUUCUGGCUCAGGAGGUCCAGCUGGACCAGACCUCCCAGACCCACGAACUGCUCUCCACCACCAGCGGUCAGAUCUCCCAGGAGAUGGGCAAUUGCUCCUUCUCCGUCCACCAGAUCAACCAGUCUCUGGGGCUCUUCCUGGCCCAGGUGAGAGGCUGGCAGGCCACCACAGCCGGCCUGGACCUCUCUCUGAAGGACCUCACCCAGGAGUGCUACAACGUCAAGGCUGCGAUGCACCAGAUCAACUUCACCGUGGGGCAGACUUCUGAGUGGAUCCACGGGAUCCGGCGGAAGACAGACGAGGAGACCCUAACCCUCCAGAAGAUGAUCGCCGACUGGCAGAACUACACGCGGCUCUUCAGCAGCCUGCGCGCCACCUCGGCCAAGACGGGAGAAGCGGUCAAGAGCCUCCAGGCCACCCUGGGGGCCUCCUCCCAGCGCAUCAGCCAGAAUUCUGAGAGUAUGCAUGACCUGGUGCUGCAGGUCAUGGGCUUGCAGCUGCAGCUGGAUAACAUCUCGUCCUUCCUGGAUGACCAUGAGGAGAACAUGCACGACCUGCAGUACCACACCCACUACGCCCAGAACCGCACGGUGGAGAGGUUCGAGACGCUGGAAGGACGCAUGGCUUCCCAUGAGAUCGAGAUCGGCACUAUCUUCACCAACAUCAACGCCACCGACAGCCACGUGUACAGCAUGCUCAAGUACCUGGAUGACGUGCGGCUCUCCUGCACGCUGGGCUUUCACACCCAGGCCGAGGAGCUCUACUACCUGAACAAGACCGUCUCCCUUAUGCUGGCCACCACCGACCUGCUCCGGGAGCGCUUUGGCCUGCUCAGCGCCCGCCUGGACUUCAACGUGCGCAACCUGUCCAUGGUCAUGGAGGAGAUGAAGGCCGUGGACACGCAGCACGGGGAGAUCCUGCGCAACGUCACCAUCCUACGAGACCCAGGUCCUGCCAGCUCUCCCCUCUCUGACUGCAUGACUCAUGGCUGGCUCUGGAGGGACAGGCAGAGGCUCGGCUCACCAGAGGAAGACAGUCCUUCAGGUGCCCCAGGCCCUCCAGGACCGAGAGGACUCAAGGGAGAUGUGGGCGUGAAAGGGCCUGUUGGCAGCAGAGGACCAAAAGGAGACCUCGGCAGCUUGGGCCCCCCAGGACCUCAGGGUCCUCAAGGGCAGCCAGGGGACACCGGGCCUGUAGGAGAAAGGGGGCCAGUUGGCCUGCGAGGUUUCCCAGGCCUCAAAGGCUUGAAGGGCAGCUUUGGAACUGGAGGCCCAAGAGGACAGCCAGGCCCCAAAGGGGACGUGGGGCCUCCAGGGCCAGAGGGGCCCCCAGGGUCUCCAGGGCCAGAGGGGCCGCAGGGAAAACCAGGGAUCGCUGGGAAGAUAGGGUCACCAGGCCAGCGGGGGCCCAUGGGGCCAAAGGGCGAACCAGGAAUCCAGGGUCCCCCUGGCCUCCCUGGGCCCCCAGGCCCACCAGGGAGCCAGAGCCGCUAUUGAGGAGCGGCCCGGUCCCGGACACUGCCACGCAGAAGGUGGGGAAGGGUGCUCGGGUGAGGAGAGACCCCUGAAAAGCCGCACCUGCAGACAUUGUGGUCCUUCGGUCCCGAAGAGCGUGCUCCCAGGCCUGCCCCUGCACCUCCGGGCUUCCCAGUAGUGACUAUACCAUAGAAGGCAGCCCCGUAUACACACACGCACAUGCACACGCACAUUUCCCUGCUGGCCGGGGGGCUGACUGGGUUUCCGUGGCUAGGCGGGAGGAGAGGGCAGGAGAAGCCCCCUCGCCUGUGGCUGAGCCUGCCGGGGAAGCGGCUACCUCGGGGCAGCGGUCUUAACUCUGGCUCUGAGCUGGUGACCAGCGCUAGUCUUUCUAGCAUCUUCACACCCAUCCUAGCUGGCUGGCAGUUCCCUGAGGCUCCCAGGGGUUGAAAAGACCCAGGAAAAGCUUUGCAGGGGAUUAUGGUUCAAACUCGAGGGACGAGGUGGAUUUGGCAACCAUAAGACCUUCCCUGUAACCAUGGGAGCAGCGUCCUGGGAACUCACACGGGACACACCUGGGCCCUGAGCACUGUGUCCCCAGGAGUUCAGCAUUUUUUUCCCACAUCUCCAGAAAAUUCCUCGCUUCAUCCUUGCGUCCACCUCUCAGGAGCAUCUCAGAAGGAAUGCAAGCAGGAGCUUCAUCUGCACCGGGACACUCUCCAGGCCCUGGAACGUUCUGCCAAAGUAGAAGGCCCUGUUCCGAUCCGGGGGGUGACCGCUUUGUGGCAACUGGGGGAGGGCUGACCGCCGGGCUGCUCUCCCUUCCCUGCGCCUGCCCUCCUCCUGACCUCACCCCACCGUGACCCAGAAUGGCCCCAGGCCUCUCUGCAGGGGCAGCUGGACCAGAUGAGGGUGAGGGGCCCCAGCUCCCUUUGAUGUCACCCCUCACCCACCUUCAUCCUCCUGUGCAGCCAGCAGCAAGGAGGACUGGGACAUCCCCAGUGAAGCUGCCCCUCCUUUGUGUUCUAACAGAUAACGACCACCCCUGGGAUGGGGGCUUACAGCUGUCCCCUCCCCAGCCCGACCCAGAGACCGGCCCCUCUCCAUUCCAGAAGCCUUCCCCCUUCUUGUAACAGGUGUGCAACUGGCUUGCACUCCUGCUGCCCUCACUGCCGUGUAGUUCUCCUGUCUACAUAUGAUAUCAUGCCACGUAGUAUCACCGACUCAGUAAAGAGCUGUUUCCAGGA